AUGAUUAAAUAUGGAGAUGGUUGUAUUGGAGAACAUAGCGAUUAUGAGACUGGAUUGGUUAAGAAUGGAGCAAUUGCACUUUGGACAAACCCACAACAACCUCAACCUCAACCACAAAUAUUAUACUCACAACAAAUACAACAACAGCCACCUAUACAACAAUAUGAACAACAGCAAACAAAUUGGCCUAACACCCAGCAAAUGCAACAUCAGCAACAACAACAACAGCAACCAUUUUUAACACAAUCCCUACCACAACCACUACUUACACAACAGCCACCACCAAUUACUUUUCAAUACCAUCAACCCAAUUCUCUUCAACAACAAUCCCAUCCUCAACAACAAUUACAACAACAAGUUUUAUAUCAGCAAAUUCCAGCAGCAAUUCCUUCAAACACUCAAUCCUCAAUAGAUGAAGAAUCAGCUUUAGAGACUAUGGAUCUAAACGCUACUGCAAUGCGUGUUGAUAAACAUGAACGUGGUGAACGUUUACUAACAAUUAAUGUUGAACUUGAGAAAGAUUGCUCACAAACCAUUUAUGUUCAUGUUAAUGAUGACCCUGCUGAUUUAGCAAGGGAUUUUUGUGAUUUAUGGAAGAUCACAAAUCCUGAAGUUGUGCCUGCAUUAGAAGAUUUAAUUAAAGAAGAAAGAAGUAAAAUUCUUAUUGUCAAAUAG